UCCAGAUUGAAGGAGCGAGAGAUUAGAGAAGAUGAGUCCGAUCGUGGCGUCUCAGCUUGCAACAGGGCUCGGCGUGUUAGCAGGUGCGGUAUUGGUGAAAUCGGUGUUGGAGAAGCCGAUGGCUAGUCAGUGGCCCAGGUGUUCGAGUUGCAACGGUACCGGACGAGUUACCUGCAUGUGUACCCGCUGGUCGGACGGUGACGUUGGCUGCCGGACUUGUUCUGGUUCGGGUCGCAUGGGCUGUAGUAGCUGCGGCGGGACCGGCACCGGCAGACCUAUCCCGGGACAACUCUCCGUACGUCGUUCCAAUGGUCCCUCAUAACUCUUUCAGUUUAAUUGGGUUUCCUGUUAUAGUCUUUGCUCGUAUGUAUAUUUCCUUCAUACCUUCUCAAAUCAAAUUUCUUAAAUCUAAAUUGGUUAGC